GAUCAUAUCGCGCUCAUGCUUUGCCCUAGAACUCGGCGAAGAAGAGAAAGAAAAAUAUUAAAAAUAGAAUAAAGAAUAAUAGAUCGAGCUCGGGUAUCUUCUUCUUAGCCUUCGUCUCUCUCCCUCUCUAAAUCGUUCUAGGGUUCGGCAUUGGGGAGUGGGGAGCGAUGGAAAUCGAGCUGGGGUUCGCCGGAUUGGGACGGCAUUAGGUUGGAUUGCGAUCGCUAGGGAGAGGGGAUGGGAUCCGGGAGCAGCAAGGAUGCGACGGCGGCGGGUGGAGGACGGAAGGCGAGAUCCAGAGGUGUUAGGGUUUUCAGCUCUUCUUGCUUUCGCCUCUCAUCCACUCUUUGGGAUGCCCGGAAGAAAGAAGAAGGUGGAAGAUCUAAAGACAAUAUUCGAGCGGACGAAACAAAGAGAAAAGCCUCUGGAAGGAAUCAUGAAGGCUGCAUGAAGCUUAGUCUUUCUGGACCUAGUAAAAUGCCUUCAUUAACUUCCUCUGAUGGUGAACAAAGUGGAGAAGAUCAAGAUGGGGAACUGCAAAUUGAUUCAGUUGCCAGCAAUAACUCUGGCACAUCAGCUGCUAUUAGCCGAUCAUCAAACCCUGCAGGCAGGUCGCGCUCUCGUUUUGGUUUUGUCUCAGAUGGAAUUAGUUUCAGGUUAAACAGAGCUGUCAGUUUGGGGUCAUCAAGGGCCCACUCUCUCUUCUCAGCUGCUCUUUCCAUUCCAAACAAUGAUGCAGGUGAUGAUGCUAUUAUUGAUGUUGAUAGUUCUCUAAAUAAUGUAAAUGAUACCCAUGAGAGUACUGUUGUGGAAAAUAAUUGUCCCCAAGAUGUGGUCGCAAACAAUGAAAGGGUUGAGGCUACAAAUAGUCGAUAUUCUCGUAGGAAUCGACUAGAAGCUGAAAAUGCUGAAUUAAGAUAUUCUAGUAGACGACUUGGACCGCAAGAACCUUUAGAAGGCAGCAUGCGAUUUAGCCGAACACUCAGCGUCGGACGGCUUCGUGACAGAGUUCUUCGAAGGACUUCCCUCUCUGAGGGAUUAUAUGGUCCUGUUCUUCUAGAGGAUAGGUUUGUUGGUUCUACAGAGCAUGUUAACAGGAGACAACUCUUGGGUGGUACAAGACGAGCACAAUCUUCUUCCAACAGGAACAAUGAAGUGCUGCAAGAUUCGUCUAGUCAUCACCCCUAUCGAAUCACUGGCACUACAGACAUAAAUGCUGAUCAUGCCUCGGAAACUGUGCAGCCAAGAGAAACCAGUAACCGUGAUUUACUGGAGCAUAGAUCAGCAUUCCUUGAAAGAAGAAGGAGAAUAAGAUCUCAGGUCCGGGCCCUUCAGCGAUUAGGUAGCAGGUUUGAGAAUUUAUCAGGUCAUGAUAGAUCAUGUAUAUUAUCUGGUCAACAUCGAACAGGUCACUGCACAUGCAGAACAAACAAUCGAGCUGCUAAUCCUGAUGAUGACACAAGUGCUAGGGCUAGCAUAUCUAGAAUUGUUAUGUUAGCGGAAGCACUUUUUGAGGUGUUGGAUGAAAUUCAUCAGCAGUCUGUAGUUCUCUCAUCUCGACCGUCUUUUUCCUCAAUUGGAUCUGUUCCUGCUCCAAAGGAAGUCGUAGAAUGUAUGCCACUAAAAGUAUACAUGAAGCCACAUAAACACCAAAAUGAUGAGGCUGCACAAUGUUAUAUUUGCCUUGUGGAGUAUGAAGAAGGAGAUUGCAUGCGAAUACUGCCUUGCAAUCAUGAAUUUCACCGAACAUGUAUAGAUAAGUGGUUGAAAGAGAUUCACAGGGUCUGUCCUCUUUGUCGUGGGGAUGUCUGCAGAUCGGACACAUCAAGCACGGAGAAGCUUGGUUGAAACAGAUUUGUGAUUGUGAGAUGAUCUGCACUGAAUACUUUGCUCCAUGCAUCAUGGAAUUGGUGGCAUUUCUGCCUCCUCCAGGAAACCAAAGCAUUGGGUUGUGCUGUGUUAUUAGAGACUGCAGCUCAUGGCUUUGGGUCCUCAUGGCCUUUCCUCAUGUAAUUGUUCGAUUUUCAAAUUUAUGAACGGCCACUUAGAAGCUUUGCAGAUGUAAAGGGCGACCAUGAGAUUUUUUUGAUUAUUUGAAGCAGGGGAAUUUAAUUACUAUCUUUUAGCGAAA